AUGUAUUCCAUUUCCUCCGGACUGCCCUUGCGCUGGCGCAAGCGGCCUCGAUGGCCUCCUGUUCCGUUCGUGGAGGAUGAAAUUGAUUCCCUUAGCCGGGAAUUGGACGGAUUAUCCCACAUUGGUGAAUUGCCAGGGCUUGAGGGCGCUAAAGCCAGAGGCACCGUCAACCAGUCUCCUCUCAUUGAGGAUGUUGAACUACCCAAUGCUCUGAAGAACUCUUCUAAUGUCGAGAAGAAAACUUCCACCGGAUCUCGCUCGUCAGGCUUUUAUGCAGACCAAUCCACCAAGGACGCCAGAGGACCAAAACAGACUCUGUCCCGCCAGCCGGCAGGAAACAGUUCCCAGGAACCAGGAAAGCCAUCUCAGCGGAUUCAACCCAAGCCCCUGGACGUACCCGCGAGUCAAGGUCUGAAGCCAGUACAUGUUUCUGAACCUCAAAAGAGUCCCACCUGUGUCAGCCAGAAGCCUAUUCCCCACCAACAGGAGCCAGCUUUCCAGGUAACAUGUGAGGUGCCUGCACAGAAACUUCCAGCGAGAAAGAUUCCAGAGGUGGCCCAGAAGCGCCAAAUGGCUCCAUCCCACAGUUCCUCAUUGCACCGGGGCUCGGAACCGCACAGAACUGACUUGCCAUCGAGAUUCACCCAGCCAGAGCCAGUUCGCAAUGGUGGGAUUAGAACAAGCUCCCCAGCGAAAUCACUGCCGGAUGCAUCUGAGAGGAAUCAGUCUGUUCCGUCCCGCACAACUUCGCUUCGCCGCGCACAGAAGCAACAUAAUGAAUCCAGUUCGCCAACUAGGUUUGCUCAACCAGAGUCAGUCCAGUCUGGAGUGAGGACAUGCUCUCCAUCGAAGCGGCUCUCGAACGUAGCACAGCAAUCGCAGCCUGUCCUAUCACGGACUCCUUCUGUACGGCGAGACAACGAUGAGCGCAGGUCUGCAUCAACUACUAUGACUCCUCGGGCGGAGUCAGCUGGGGUUUCUAAGGUGCCAGCUGGCUCGUUACCGCCAAAGGUACUUGUAGCACAGGAGCCCCAAGCGAUUUCCCCCCGGCCUCUCCCGGUGCCUCAGGAAAGCCAGAACAGAGCCCCGCAUUUUGGUCCUCAUCAGCCAGCGCCAGCUCGAGAGACUAGCGUGCGAGGACCUGCACCUCCACCCAAACAGCUGCAUGAUACGACACGCCAAUCCCAGCCAACGGUGCCACGCCCUGUCCCGACUCCUCCGGAUGACGAACAGCGCAAACCCCGCCCAUCGUCUGUGGCCUAUGAGGCAGAGAUAGUUGUCCGAGAUAGUGGCGUCCGAGUGGAAACGAUUUCACCUAGAUCGCUGGCUGAGGUGCCACCGAAAACCCAACGGCCUCUCUCGGAAAACGUCCAAUACAAGUCCUUUGCAACUUCAAUAACACCACCACCCGAUACGCCGCCGACGACGACCGCCAUGGCUCUUCAAAGCUUCCCUUCAGGCGCUCCAUUACAUCCUUUGCCCAACCCUCCAGCCGAAAGACAGCAUAGCCCUCCUUCAUCCACCAUGAAAGAGUCCGCAAGUGUGAAACAAACAACCUCCACAAGACAAUCGCCCGCUGAACCGCAAUCCAGCACAUCCGGGUAUGUGUCUGACUCAGCUGCCGCUCGCUCUAGUCAUGUUCCUCCGGCUUUGAGCCGCAGCUCAAACCGCGAAAGCGACACGCCUUCUUCUCCGGGACCAAGCGUUGCCGAGAGACUGGAAGAAAAGCUAAAGCUUCGUCGGGAGCAACGCGACGUUCCUCAGAAUUCUCUGGCUCAGUUCAACGUUAAGCAGCCGAUAAACUCGAACUCUUCAACCUCCCAGAGCCCAGAACGGAAGGCUCCGCCAGGCGCCUGGCCCUCAGACCUGCGUUCUGAGUCGUCUUCCAGCAGCCUCACCGAGUUUCCUGCUCUCGAGCAGUCGUCUGUAGAAACGAGACAGCAUACUAAGACAGCACCUCUGAAGUCGGCGAUGAGAUCUCAGUCUUUGGACCGAAACCAACCAGCAUCUACCAAGGUAGCUCGCAGACGGACAGUCGCCUUUGCCGAGAACCCACUAGAACCACCUUCUCAGGCCCUAGUAAAGGUCGACCGUGAAACGGCUCUGACUCGAAUACAAUCCCGGGAAGACGGCCCCGCCCAUUCGAGCCGCUCGUCGUCACCAAACACAUGCCUUACCCUCGCGCCCUGCCCCAGGUCCAUCCCAGUUGCAGGAUACCAGGACUGGCACACAAUUGAAGGGCUGCCUCAUCUCGAUAUUUGCCCAUCCUGCAUAAAGCAGAUGCGCAAGUCCAAGUUCCGUGACCGCCUCGUCCUAAGCCCCCCCAAACCCCGCGAAGAACCAGCCCGCUGCUCCAUGAGCGAGCCCUGGACCCGUCUCGCCUGGGUGCAGACUCUCAAGAAGAAGUAUGAAACCCUAGACCUCCUUCUUGAAAUCACCCGUCCGUCAAACACGCAAGGCACGAAGUCCUGCACUGGCCGCAUAAUCAAUGAACAACAUUGGUACCGCAUCAUAGACCCAGAGACAGGUCUCUACCUACCGCAAUUCAACGUCUGCUCCGCUUGCGUCCGCAACAUCCGCCUCCUUAUGCCCGCCCACCGCGAUACCUUCCAGCGCAGCACAACCCCUCAAGAACGUGUCUGCGACUUCGUCACUGAUAGCCCUCGCUUCAUCCGGUACAUCGACGCCCUAGACCUUGCGUCCAACCGUGCGGAGCAGGAUGACGCACCCCCUGACCUGAAGGAAUUCCUCUCCUACGCCCGCCGCAAGGUCGUCCUGCGAGACUGCCGCCGCAGCCGCCUCAUAUUCAAUACGUGGCACUACAUGCCGCAACUUCCUGAGUUCACGGUCUGCGAGGACUGCUACGAUGAUAUUAUAUGGCCGCUUGCUAAGGCUAGGGUCUGGAACCCGAGAGGCGAGCUGUCAAUUAUAUUCGCCGCGAAUUCGGGCUAA